CAAACGAAGGGCGGCAACCCCACCAACUCACCUCUCCACUGACAAAUCCAUCCAAGUAUAAAAGAGUAGCUGUGCUGCCGCAACACCUUGAUCUUUGUGACGAUCACCAACCAGCUUUGUCAGACUACCUUACAAACAAGAUGAGCUCCGGACAGAUUGUGCUCUUUGACAUUCCCAGCAAGACAGGGAAACCGUGGUCGCUAAAUCCAUGGAAGACACGGCUGCUCUUGAACUACAAGGGCUUGGACUAUAAAACCGAAUGGGUUGAAUAUCCCAACAUCAAGCCUCGCCUCGAGCCGCACGUCCCCCCCAACGGCCCGCAAUCAAUGGCGCCCUACACCAUCCCCACCAUCAUGCUCCCUUCCGGACAGUACGUGAUGGACAGCCUGGAAAUCGCCAAAGUCCUCGAAAAGGAAUACCCCUCACCUUCCGCCCAUGUCGACUCGCCCUACUACGACCGGCUGCUGGAGCAAACCAAGGCGGCCAUGGCCGCGUUGCCAUCCGUCUACGUCACCAACGUCUACGACCGUGUGCUGGGCGAGGCGAGCCGGCCCUACUUCCACGAGACACGGACAAAGUAUCUUGGUAUGCCGAUCGAGGAGUACCUGGCGAAACAUCCGGUUGAGGAAUCGUUUCAAGCGGCGGAGCAGUAUUUGAGGAAUGUGACGGCGCUGCUAAAGGAGAAUGGGCAGGGGCCGUUUUUGAUGGGGAGGGAGGUGUGCUAUGCGGAUUUUGUGUGGGGUGGGUUUUUGCUGUUUUUCAAGGUUAUGGGGGAGGAUGUGUGGGAGAGGUUUUUGAAGGCGACGGGGGAUGCGAAGGUGCAUUUGGAUUUUCUGGAGGCGCUGGAGCCGUGGACUAAGAAGGUUGAUUAGAGAGGGUGUUGAGCUUGAGAUUUUUGUCUCAGUUGAGGAGAGGGGGGAGUUGAGAAGGAAUGGGGUGAGGGGGGUUACUCGGCCGCGGGGAUGAAAGCGUGAGGACUAUGAUACUACGAACUAGCUAGUAGUAUGCCAG